AUGUCUCGCAGCGGGGCCCGCCCGAGCGGCGCCGGGCCGUAUGUCCCUUCGCCGCCGUUGCCUAUCUGGGCACGUACCUCCAGCCCUGAUCCACCUCCGGAGGCGCCGCUCGUGCCGAGCCUGGGUCUCCAUCGGGCUACAAGCUCCGGCAACUUGUCGCUGGUACUCUAUGCGCUCGAGAAUGGGCAGUCGCCGAACACGGCCAUCCAUGGCAUUACCCCACUGCAUGUGGCUGCGUGCAUGGGUAAUGUUGCCACGGCCAACCUGCUGAUGAGCUUCGGCGCCGACGUCAACCAGCCCAAGGGCCGCUCGCGAGUGGUCGGCCCGGGCAUCGAGGGCUCGACGCCCUUGCACUUUGCCGCAGCUAAUGGCCACAUGGAGCUUGUGCGCACGCUCCUGGCACAUGGAGCACGACCGCAACCGGUGGAUCGAAGCGGAAAUACGCCUGAGAUGCUGGCUUCUGCCUUGCAGAGCACGCAAUGCGUGUCUCUCUUGAGACAGUGGACCGACAUGUACGGCCCUGACGGGCACACGGAUCCUGCAGCCCUACAGGAAACGUAUGUAUGGGGUGAUCGAGUGAUCCUUGCGCCCUCGCGCGAGGGCACACCUGUGACUGGCGCGCUCUCGCCUGUCUUAUCGGGCCAGGGGCUGCGCGACGGAACACCGCCUCACAGUCCCAGCGUGCCAGAGGUGCGGCCACGCUCGAGUAUCCCGGCCCUGAUUGAGAAGGCCUCGCAUCCAGCCUCGUCACUCCGUGCGGCGCUCUUUUCAUCUAGCGCGUCAGGCCGGAGCGACGACGCGUCUGGGCGAUCAUCCCGUCUGCCCACCCGGGCCAGCCUGACGGGACUCUUCCGCCGCGGCUGGCCGCUGGCAGACGAGGAGAUGGAAAGCCGGUCGGGGCGCUCUUUGCGACCAGAGUCUGUCCUUUCGACGCGGCCACGUUCGUCGUCCAAGAGCUCGAUCAGCACGGCUACUACGUCGACGCCACCACCAUCCACACCGAGCCAGACGACCUCCGCGCAUCUCCCUCCGCCUGUAUCGUCCACCCUGCCCAUCCGCACAUUGCUGAGCUCGUCACCGGCACGCUGGUGGCCCCAUACCCAUGCCAGCACGUCCCCGGAGACAGCGCGUGGGCCACCGCUGGCUCCGCCCAUCCAUCCUUCUCAUGCCCGUCGGCGACGCAGCAAUAGCGCGACGCAGACUCGUUCAGGGCCCGAGCGCGAAAGUACUACACGUGCACGGGCGCAUUCCGAAGUGACGACGCUGCCGUCACUCGACAUUAUGGUUUCGUCUGCAUGGUCGCUUCCCCCGACGCCGACACCGCAGGGACAGUCAGUCCCUGUGUCGCAUGCGUCACCGUCCCCGGUCCCUAUGCGUGCGCCUACGCCGGGCUUCACUCCAGCAGUGGCGUCCCACAGCCUCUUACAGGCACUGCGGCCAGUAGCGCGCGUGAGCAACGAGCCUGUGCCGUCAGAGGCACAACACGAAACUAGUGUGCGGCGCCCCGCGCUGCCGUCAGAGCCACUACCUGCCCUAUCGUGGCAAGAGCCGCCGGCGUCGGACGAUGCAAGUCAUUCCAAAUUGGCUCUGUACCUGGCCCAAGUGGGCUCGUCCAUGCACCGUGAGUUGCCAUAA